AGGACAACACCUCCCAACCCAAACCCAGCACCAAGCAACCAACAAUGGCCAAGUGGUCUGCCCUCUUCCUCCUCCUCGCGACCGUCGUCUCGGGCGCCGCCGUUCCCCAGCAGGAGUCGGUCGCCUUCAACACCCAAACCCAGCUCAAGGAUGCCCACGGGCUCAAGAAGAUCCCCGUGACCCGCAACCCCGAGUUCAAGGCCAACGGCACGCUUUCCAUCCUCAGGGCGCGCGCAAAGUACGGCUUUGAGCCCACCUACCACAAGGGCCCGGUCAACGCGCAGGCUAUUGGCCAGACGCCUGCCACUCCCGACGACUACCUGGGCGGCGAUCUCGAGUACAUCGUCCCCGUGCCCAUCGGCACGCCGGCGCAGACGCUCAACCUCGACUUUGACACUGGCUCGAGCGACCUCUGGGUCUUCUCGUCCAAGCUCACGGCCGCGUCCAACGUCAACCACAACGUCUUCACCUCGAGCAAGUCGUCGACGUGGAAGACCCUGUCCGGAUACUCGUGGAGCAUCGAGUACGCCGACCUCUCCACGGCCUCGGGCACAGUCGGCACGGACAAUGUCAACCUCGGCGGCCUGGUCGUCAAGUCGCAGGCGGUCGAGCUGGCCACUUCCGUCUCAACGGCGUUUGUCAAGUCGGCCAACGACGGCCUCGUCGGCCUCGGCUUCUACAAGGGCACAUACGGCAACACCAUCAGGCCCACCCGCCAGCCCAACGUCGUCGCCAACCUCAUCUCGCAGGGCACGGUGCCUGCCAACGCGCAGCUCUUCACCGCGGCCCUGUACUCGGCGCGCGACCCCGAGUCGUCGUUCUACACCUUUGGCUAUGUCGACCAGUCGCUCGUCGCCGCCUCGGGCCAGUCUCUGUCUUGGACCGCCAUCGACCCCACCCUCGGCUUCUGGACCUUCCCCUCGACCUCGGCGUACGUCGGCGGCACCCUCGUCUCGCUGUCCGGCAACACGGCCAUCGCCGACACCGGCACCACCCUUGCGUACCUGUCCGACGACGUCGUGGACGCCUUCUACGCCCAGGUCCCCGGUGCCUCGUACAGCUCGCAGGACGGUGGUUACAUCUUCCCCUUCGACUCGGCCAACCAGCUCCCCUCGCUCACUGUCGCCGUCGGCAACAAGCAGUUUGCCAUCCAGCCCGAGGACCUCGUGUUUGGCUACAACCACGACAGUACGCAGUACUUUGGCGGCAUUCAGUCGCGCGGCACCAACCCCUCCGACAUCCUCGGCGACGUCUUCCUCAAGUCGGUCUACGUUGUCUUUGACCAGGGCAACACGCGCAUUGGUGUCGUCCCCAAGAUUGAGGCCACUCAGUACGCCCCCUCCAAGUAA